AUGCAGGGCAACACGAGGCAAGCAAGCAAGACCAGCGGCGAGCCGGCGAUGGAGCCAAGCAUGCGGGGGCCCGUAGCAGCAUCGCGGGGACGUCUCUACAUUGCGGCCGAAGAGUCCGUCAUGCACCUGACAGGUAUGGUUUCCCCAGCACUAUCGGUAUAUGACCACCUGGACCCGCCUAUAUCCCGACCCCCCCUCCUCUGCAUUAUGCGGGUGCCGACGAUAGGCGCGCGGGGGGGAGAGGCGUCCCUUGCACAGGACUGCAGUCAGAACCGUUAG